AUGUCUUCGCGCUUUGUCUCCGCUGGCGCCAUCAACCCUUCUACGGGAGAGGUGACAGCCUCGGCGCCCGUCACGUCAUCGUCAUCGUCUUCCAUCUCACAUCCCGCGCCUUCAUCAACAACCCAUGCCACAACAACCCAUGCCACAACAACCCAUGCCACAACAACCCAUGCCACCACAGAGUUAGCACCAACACCAGCACCAGCACCAUCCAAAAAGUCCCAAGAGUGGCUCGCCGUGCAAGCCGAACUCGAAGCCAAAAAAGCCGGCACCGGCGCCGGCACCGCACCCGUCGGCAUCGGACCCAACGGCCAGGAACAAAAAUCCCUUUACGAAGUGCUCCAAGCCAACAAGGCGGCCAAGCAAGCGGCGUUUGAAGAAGCCAACAAGAUCAAAAACCAGUUCCGGGCUUUGGACGACGACGAGAUUGAGUUCCUGGAGGGGGUGGCGGAGCGGAAGCGGAGGGAGGAGGAGGAGAGACGGAGAGAGGAGGAAGGGGGGGGCGAGGAAGGGGAUUAUGGUGGGCAGGCCGAGGAUAGUGAUGAGGGGGGGUUGGGGGAGGAGGAGUUGAUCUUUAUGAGCGGUGGGGCAGGGGGAGGAGGGAGGAAGAGGAGGAGGGGGACAGAGGCUAAACGAUUGGUGCCGGGGGUGAAGAGGGUUAAAAGUAAUGGGGAGGAGGGGGAGAAGACGGCGGCGGCGGCGGUGGUAACGGAGGAGAGAAAACCGGAGACGAAGUCGGUGGUUCCUGAGCCAGCCAAGUCUGUGGCUACGGUUACAGCUACGGUUACAUCUACGGCUGCGCCAUCUGCGAAGAAGCCAGUCGGUGGACUUGUUUCGUAUGCAUCGUCGGAUGAGGAUGAUGACUGA